UGUGUAAUAGUUUUAUUUAGCAAAACUAGUUCCUCUCUUAGUCUCUUACCUAAUGUUUGAUAGUUUGCCAUCGUUGAUAAAGUCCAUUUAAACAACCUUUGUGUUGCCAUCAUAAGCAAACUCUCUAUCCGUCUCUCGCAUUAUUGCAGUGGCUCUACUUUUUUAUGGUCAUGCUUGCAAUUAUUAAAGAGGAAUAUUCAUAAUGCUCUGUUGAACAAAUAAUUGAGGCACGUUCCUUGUUCCCUAUCGCAUCUAAUUUCGACACUAUAUAAUUGGUAGAAGGGAGGUGAGACCGUGAGAGCACACUCAUCCAACAAUUUCAUAUUCAUCUCUGUUCUUUUUCUCUAUCAAUUUUAACCAAGUUCUAAACACGGCAAAUGGCUGAGGCACUCAUCUCCACGCUUGUGGAGAAAUUGGCUUCAGCAGUAUAUGAAUACACAACUGAAGAGGUGAAACUUGUUUUGAAUGCUGACAAAGAUGUUAAAAGUUUCAGCAGCAAGCUCAAAGCUAUCCAGGCUGUGCUGGAGGAUGCAGAGAAGAAACAAGUGACGGAGGCCAGCGUGGGAGACUGGUUGGAGAAGCUGAAAGAUGUGUCGUACGAGAUGGACGACGUGCUAGAUGAGUGGAACACUGAAAUCCUCAGAAAACAAGUGGAGGAGAAGCAAGAGGAGGAAGGUGAAAAUGCUCUUGUUACCGAGAAGAUGGUAUGUUUCCCCAUGCUCUCCGAUUGCUUUUGUUUUUGUUUUGGCCAAGUCAAUAAGGUCAUUCAUCAUCAUAACAUUGCUAGAAGGAUAAAGGUUCUGAAUGAGAAGUUAACUUCGAUUGCUGAUGAAAGAGCACUGUAUGGCUUUCAUCAAUCCACAAUAGGUGGCCGUGAUGAGCAGUUUAUUCAGCGACAGACUUCAUCUUUGGUCGAUAUAUCUAUGAUAUUUGGCCGAGAAGAAGAAAAAAAUAACUUGUUGAGCAAUUUGUUGAGAGAGAGUAACCAAGAUAGGGGGAGGUUCCUUGUCAUCCCUAUUGUAGGGAUGGGUGGGAUGGGGAAAACAACUCUCACCCAACUAGUCUUUAACAAUGAAAAGGUUGCAGCCCAUUUUGAUAAGAAAGUAUGGGUUUGUGUCUCGGACCCUUUUGACGAGAUUAAAAUUGCCAAAGCGAUUUUUGAAAGCCUGCUAGAUAAAAAUGAUAAUCAGAGUAGUUCAAAUGAGCUGGAAACUGUACUGUCAUGUAUAAGGACACGUGUUGAGAAAAAGAAGUUCCUCCUAGUCCUAGAUGAUGUGUGGACCGAAGACGAAACAAAGUGGGAAAAUUUGAAACUACAAGUGAUAAUGCAAAGUUGUGCUCAGGACAGUACAAUACUGGUGACCACACGAAAAGAAGAGGUUGCUAAAAUGAUGAGAGCAACCAGCAACAUGAUCCAUUUGGACAAGUUGAGCAAUAUGGAUUGUCUAGCAUUGUUCAAUAGCUUUGCAUUUUUGGAUAGGGAAGAAGAUAAGACUAAUGGGUUUGGAGCUAUUGGUGAGGAAAUUGUGAAAAAGUGUAAGGGUUUGCCUCUUGCUGCAAAGACUUUAGGUAGUCUAGUGUGGUAUAAGAAAACAAGAGAGGAAUGGCGGGAUGUUCUGAAUAGUAAGAUAUGGGAACUAAAAGAAGUUGAGGAACAAGUUUUCCGACCACUAUUACUAAGUUAUUAUGAUUUGGCUCCUGCAGUCAAAAGAUGUCUUUUGUAUUGUGCAAUAUUUCCCAAAGAUUAUGAGUUCCAAAAAGAUAAUUUGAUUGAUCUUUGGAUGUCACAAAAUUAUCUUAAUUCAAAGGGAAAAAAAGAAAAGAGAAGAAUAGGUCAAAAUUAUUUUGAGAGUCUAGCAAUGCGGUCUUUCUUUCAAGAUUUUGUCAAAAAUGAGAUGGAAAAUAUUAUAAGGUGCAAAAUGCAUGAUAUAGUGCAUGACUUUGUGCAGUUUCUUACCCAAAAAGAAUGCACUAUUAUAGAAGCAGUCAAGGGUGCUAAUCAAAGAGUGGAGCUACCGGGUGAUUAUAAGGUUCGUCAUUUGACUUUAACAAGUUUACCCAAAGGUCCGCUUUCAUUUCCUACUUCAUUUGACAACUGCAAAAAUAUGCGUACCCUCACACUCCUUGAUUCAAGCAUUACAACCAUAAGCCCCGGUUCAAUUAUGCAAAUGAAAUGCCUCAGGACAUUGAAUUUGAGUCGUAACUGGAGAUCCGGUAGCAUGCUCAAUGAAGUUCCAAAAGAGAUUGGUGAAUUGAUUCAUUUGAGAUAUAUGGAUUUGUCUGGUAAUGAUAAGUUGAAAGAAUUACCGGAUGCUGUGUGUGAUUUAUACAAUCUACAAACUCUGGUCCUGAAGUUCUGUCGGCAACUAGAGAAACUACCCAAGGCAAUGGGAAAGUUGAUUAACUUGAAGCAUCUAUAUGUUUGGGCUUGUUUGAAGCUGAGGUACUUACCGAAAGGGAUUGGGAGUUUGAAAAGUCUGCAAGUACUAGACUGGUUUUAUGUAUGUGAGGGUGAUGAUGAUGAUGAUGAAGCAUUGAAAUUAGGAGAUCUCGGAAUCAUGGACCAGCUUCAGGGGAUCCUUUCUAUAGGAAGAUUGGGGAAUAAGGAUGAUGCGAGUGAGAUUGAGAAAGCACAGUUGGGGAAUAAGGAGCACCUCUCUCGUUUGGGAGUAUGGUUCCAGCCUGGAAAUGAAGAGCAGAGAAAAGGCGAUGAAGAAAUAGUGAAAGCAUUGCAACCACAUCAAAAUUUGGAAUCUUUAGACAUUUUGUCGUGCCAUGGCACCACCGAGUCUCUCUAUUGGAUCAAGUCUCUACACAAUUUGAGAUUUGUUUCUCUCGGUUACUGGAGAUUUUGUGAAGUUUUGCCUCCUCUUGGAAAAUUGCCAUCGCUUGAAAUUCUGCAAAUAUCGGGGAUGGAGAAAGUGAAGAAGGUGGGAGUUGAAUUUCUGGGAAUAGAAGAAGAAGAAGAAGUCUCAGGAAUUCUAUUCCCCAAAUUGAAACUACUUACUUUUUCUGACCUGAAGAACUGGGAAGAGUGGGCCUUUGUUUCUGAAAUCACAAUAAUGCCACGCCUUUCUGAGUUGCGAAUUGUGGAGUGCCCAAAGCUAAAAGCACUGCCAGAGUUCCUCUACAAGAUAACAGAACUGCGUACUUUGGAGAUCAAGGGUUGUCCAAUUCUGGAAGGAGAAUACAAAAAGGACGUGGGGAAGGAGUGGCACAACAUUUCUCACAUCCCAAACCUCACAAUCCAAUCUGGAUGGAACUGAACAGGUUCUUCAUGAAGAACUUGCAAAUGCAAAUGGAAUGUGUGCAAGUCAAUCAGGAUAGGCAUGCUAACUAGAUACACUUGAGGACCGCAUUGAAGCUUCUAGGACUAAGAAUGUCAUUGGAGUUGUCAAGCUGUUGAAGCUCUCUAGAUAGCAAAGGUGGAGAAAUGAACUUAUUUAGAUGAACACAUUCUAUGCAGGAUGGAAUAUGUAUCAGGCGGAAGUUCAACACAAAGGAAAUUCCGUAUGCAUUUGACUGAUUGAAGUGACCCUUAACUCAAUAUUUCAUCAGUAUCUUAAGCAAUCCAAUGAGGAAGCUUUUUGUGAAAUGGACCUUAAUGCCGAUUGGGAUUUGGUAAAUGGGAGCUGAAAGAUUUUGUAAUAAUAAACAUGGAGCCCGAUAAAUUGUGUAAACUCAGACUUGAAAGAUUUAUUGGAUGAUUCGCUGCCCAAAUACAAAUCUCCAUGGAACUGAACAGGUAUCCAUAUUGUUGGAUUUCAACUACUUUGCAAGUUUACAGUUUGGUGUUUGAAGCUUGGUAAGUGUAUUUUACUAAGGGAAGGAAUUUGAAGUUGCUGAAUCAGUUCAAGGUAAUGGUGGUUCAGAAGUUGGAGCUGCAUGAUUCUGUUGGAGUGGAGGGACUAUAACACCGUCGUACACCAUACGGGAAAUUUGGUAUCCAUUUGAAUGAUUGAAGUGCCUCUCACCUAAACUAGGCUGAAGCUUCUGUGGAAUGGACGCUGACAGGGAUUUGACUAGUAAUUGGGGUUUGGAAGCUUUUUCUGCAAUCUGUCAUUUAACAAUAGGCAGCAGGGAGCUCGGUAAUUGGUGUUUCUGCAAAUGAACCGUUCAAAUGCUGCCACCUCAAUCGUUGAAGGCUACUUGAAGGUAAAAUAUAUGGUCCAGAUAUAAAGGAAUCUGUUGUGUUAAGCUACACCCGAACAUAGACUGGCACUUUGAUCGAACUACAAUGCCUAGAAUUGCAAACCGUUCGACCUCACCAUUGUUGAAGAGAUAUGAAAUAAUGGGGAAGGAACAAGAAAUGAUUGGCAUGUGCGAAAUGGCUGAAUGCCAAAGUGUUCAAUAUGGAUGACAGAAUUAUGGUCUUUGUUCAUAGUAAAAGGAGAUUGCUUGUGGCUCAUAGUGACAUGUUGGAGUGGAAUGAUAAGCUUUUCAAGGGAUUACUAAUUUAAAUUAGGUAUGUAGCAGUGUACUAUGCAGCUAAAUGUUUCAGGGGUAUGGAGGAUAGACUAUGUAUCAUGCGGACUUUCACCAUGAAGGAAAUUUGGAUACGGGAUUUGAAGAUGCAAAAUCAGUUGAAGUUAAACGGUGGUUCAGUAACUGGAGCUACAGGAUUCUGUUGAGUGGAUAAGGGAUUUGAGGAUGUAAAAUCAAUUGAAGGUAAAAGGUGGUUCCAUAAUUGGAGUUGCAGGAUUAUGUUAUUAUGCAAAGGUGGCUACUGAAUGAACUUCUGAAGUCCGUGUUCAUCCAAGCUGAUUUUCUUAUGCAGCAUGUCGAUGGUUUGGGACAGCUAAAUGCAGUACUAAGAGCUUGUUGCGAUUGGCUCGCCAUAGGCUUCAUAGAUUCAAGUACCGGUGCAAUUGGACUAAGAAAGAGGAUGAAUUACAGAUCGGGGGUUUUGCGACUGGUCACCAGCUGAAUGCGUGCCACUUAUCUCUGUUAAGUGUUAAUCACCAUUCCUUCCCAAUUUUGACUGCUUUAGGAAUCUGAGUUGGCCCAAACUUGUAACAGUUGUAACCCACCCCCUAUAGGUGUUCGGAUGCAUAGAAAACAUGAGUUUUCCAAGUACUACAUUAUUAUGGCAAAGCCAAAGUAUUA